AUGCUUCCGGAAGAUACUUAUCUUGAUGAGGCAUGGUCAGAAUUCGAACGAUUUUCAACGAACGACUAUAUUCGACAAUUAGUCGAUGCACAAGCCAAUGCAGCCUCGAAUACAAUAAUGGCAGAUACUUCAUCAGAAUUAUCGCCGACUAGUACUGAUGAGUCCAAAUGGCUUCAGUCUAGUAUAAAUCAAUUGAAAGAUGAAUUUAAACGUUUACGUACAGACACUGAUAGUAAAUCAUCAUCGAUGGAAUCAACCGUUUCACAAUUACAAGAUCGAAUCGAACGGAUCGAUAAUCGUUCCGAUAAAAUGAUGACAGAAAUGAUAUCAUUUCAAAAAUCACUCAAUUGGAUGAUGACAGCUAUGGAGCGUUUCAAUAUGGAUAAAGAUCCUCCAUUAAUUGUACAAAAACCACGUAAGUUUGAUUCACGUGUACGAAUUGAAUAG